CUCCUUUGCACACAUCUCAGGACACUUGCUCUUACCAACACACGGCGCUAUGACUUCUGAUAUCACGAUCGAGGACACUUCAGAUGCGAACCCCGGUCUAACAUGCUUGUACUUCCAGCGCAAUGGCCAGAGGAUCUCGCCAUGGCAUGACCUUCCGUCGUGGGCGGAUCGGGAGGCAAAGAUAUUGAAUAUGGUCGUGGAGAUUCCGCGACGCACAAAUGCAAAGAUGGAGACUACGAAGGAGGUCGCUCACAACCCAAUCAGGCAGGAUAUCGGAGAGGGGAAACCCAGAAAAGUGGCCGAUGUCCCGCCGUUUCAGGGCUAUCCGUGCAACUACGAUGCUAUUCCAGAGACAUGGAAAGAUCCCACGACGAUUGACCCCUACACAGGAGUGGCAGGAGACGACGACCUCCUGGAUGUCUGCGAGAUCGGCACUGGGGGGGGCUCGAUGCGGCUAGAUCAGAAAGAGCGCCUCACUGACAUCCAGGAUGUGGAAGCGCAGUUUCCCGGAUUCUUGGAGUCGUUGAAGACCUGGUAUUGCGUCUAUAAUGUGCCUGACGGACGCAGUCCCAAUCGGCUGGCGAUGGACGGCAAGCUCAUGGAUCAGCAGUUUGCAUUGAGGCUGUUAGACCAUUGUCAGAAGCGUGGAGACCGAGGAGGAGAUUCCCCAGUAGCAUUUGAGCGAUCCGGGCUGUGUAAUGAGGCGGAUUUCUCAGUUGAACGUAG